CGUCGCGUGCACCUUGACGCGGGUCCGCCUCCAUCUCAGACCGGGUUCAACAGGAGACAUGGGACGGAGGAGGACCGGCCUCCCAGACCCGCAGCGCAGACCCGGACCGGCCCGGACCCAGACCCGCACAGGAGGCUAAAGGGGGGCGGACUAGGACCCGGUUCUGAGGACUUUAAGGACCGGAAGUGGAUCCAUGCACGCGGGAGUCCGUGUUUUUCCCACACCUGGGCCACGAGCCACACCUUUACGAACACCACAGGUCCAAGAUAAUCUGGACAAAUGGGGUGCCAGUGCUGUCGGAUGAUCAAAAGUUACAUCUACGACCCCUCGGUGGGCGUCGAUGGUCCGAAGUCCGAUUCCGCCGGCAGCUCCCUCUACCAGCCCCACUACCUGUCGGGAGGGGCCCCCGGUGGAGACCCCCUCAGCGGCCACAAGCAGAAACAGGGCUUCCACAACCCGGGCUUCAGUAAGUCCAACGACAGCACCCUCAAACUGGAAGUGGACAACAACCACGUCAACCACCGGCUGCAUUCGCCGGCCAAUGAGCUGCACAGGCAGGCCAGCGCCCCGCCUGCAGAGGGCGGGCUCUACAUCAUCCAGCCCGAAGCCCUGGGGCCGCGAUGGGUGACCCAGGACCCCAACCCCAUCCAGGUGCCGGUUUACCCCGACAUCCAGGACUACGAGGACCACAGGAGGUACAACGAGCAGGGACGGCGCACCACGAGGAACGGCUGGGACGGCUCCGUCACAGGAUGCGAAAGUCUGUCGGCCGACGAGGGCGUGGGCGGGACCCCGGAGUACCCCUGUGACACCGGAGACGAAGGCAGCAUCCUGUCGGUGGACAUCCACACCAGCACCACCAGCCUGUCCUCCGCUGACACCAAGGACAACCACCGACCGCCAAAGACGCCCGAACUGUCCACGGUGGAGAGCGGCAUUUUAGUGACGAAGAGCGAGGACGAGGAGGAGGAGGUGCAGAGCGUCACGGACUCGAUGGUGGCCGAAGCCCUGGCCGCUCUGGAGGCCGCCACGGCCGGAGAGGACUUUGAAUGACGGCGUCCUUCAUUCAUGACCCAGAGACUCAUCAGGAGCCGAGGUUCAGGAACCGGAACAGACUUUACAAACAUCACAGAGUGGAAAAGGAUUCGACCCAAACGUCCACGCUCAGACGGAGGGUUCAGGUCUUUCACAUUCAUGAAGGGGUGGAGCUUUUCCUCGUCGAUGUUCGGAGGCUUUUAUGACCUCCUUCCUGAAGUCGGCAGCAGAUUUAAAGGUGCUGGAGACUUCUGUGACCAGUGUGUCCUCAGAUCUGUCCAUCCUCAGUCCUCUCCUCAGUCUCAUUGGUCUGUUCAUCUGUCUGUCGUUCCUCAGCUCAGUCUCUUCCUCAUGCUGAACAGUUUCUCAGUUCCAUCCACCACAAACUGACCCGGGACGUCACUCGGGCAUCUUCGGAAUUUUGUAGCGACUUGCGUUGUGGGAAACGCAGGUUCGUGCAGCCUCCUGACAGCGGCAGCGGCGGUACAACCAUACAUGGAUGAAACAAACAGAAACGUGGAAACAGCUGGAGGAAUAUGCACAGAAGGAAGGGAGUUUCUGCCGUUUCCAGUCGUGUCUGUUCCAGCUGCUGCUGUCAGGCGGCUGUGCGAGCCUUCGUUUCCCACAAUGCACGUCGUGACAAAAUCCCUCAGAUGCCCGAGUGACC